UACUUUCAUGGGACUCCUAGGCUUUCACAAUCUUGUCAACUCUUCACCAAAAACUUUGGUCUUUCCUCAUCAGAGAUUAGAUGGCCGGCAACAAUGCCUUUGGGAACUUAAAUAUUUGCAUGAGAACAUCUUCAACCGUUAUUUUAGCUUGUAUACUAGCUUCUGCCCUUCAAAUCUUCCUCUUCUCCCCCAUAUCUCCUGAUUUACUUCAAUUGCCUCAGCCUUCUUCAGCUGCCCUUCUUACAAACAAGAAGUUACAGGAAGUGGCUAAAAUUGGAGAAGGAUUGCUGGACAAACCAGAAGAUGUUUGUUUUGAUGGAGAGGGCAUACUGUAUACAGCCACAAGAGAUGGGUGGAUCAAAAGAUUGCAUAGAAAUGGGUCAUGGGAGGAUUGGAGGUUGAUUGGAGGUGGUUCUUUAAUAGGAGUCACCCCCACAAGGACUGGUGGCAUCAUUGUAUGUGAUAUUGAAAAGGGUUUGCUUAAGGUUGGAGAAGAUGGGGUUUCUAUUCUUACAUCACAUGUUAAUGGGUCCAAGAUAAAGUUUGCAAAUGAUGUGAUAGAAGCUGCAGAUGGUAGUGUGUAUUUCAGUGUUGCAAGCACAGAAUUCGUUAACUGGUACCUGGACGUGCUUGAGGCAAAGCCUCAUGGGCAGCUCCUCAAGUAUGAUCCUCUGUUGAAUGAGACAUCUAUACUACUUGAUAACCUGGCCUUUGCCAAUGGUGUGGCUCUUUCACAAGAUGAAGAUUUUCUGGUUGUUUGUGAGACAUGGAAAUUUAGGUGUCUAAAGUAUUGGCUGGAGGGGGAGAGGAAAGGAAGAACUGAAACUUUCAUUGAUAACCUUCCUGGUGGACCUGACAACGUCAAUCUUGCCCCAGAUGGGUCUUUUUGGAUUGCUCUAAUCAAGGUGACUUCUGAUGGGUUCGAGUUUGUGCACACUUCCAAGGCAUUAAAGCACUUGCUGGCAACAUUUCCAAAACUGUUCCAGCUGGUUAAAGGCUCCCAUAAGAAAGCAUCGGUUGUGAAAGUUGCAGCUGAUGGGAAGAUAAUUGACAAGUUUGAUGAUCCUAAUGGGAAGGUUAUAUCCUUUGUGACAUCGGCUUUGGAGUUUGAGGACUAUCUCUAUUUGGGAAGUCUCAACACCAACUUCAUAGGAAUAUUACCACUCAAAGCUGCUUGAUGUUUCAAUGAAGGAAGAACAAGAUUUGGAAGCAGAAACAAGGGAUAUUCCCCAACCCGUCAUAUUAAGUUCGGUAAUAACAGUAGGAAAUAAACCUGCAGUGAGAUUUGAACUCAUUAUUUCCGUAAAUUAGGGUUGUGAUACCAUGUUACAAUACUACUUUGAUCUAAAAGUUUAAAGUGUUAGAUAAGGAUUCGGACUAAACCCUAACACUUAUGUCAUUCAUCGGCUAUGAAGUCAUGAGAAACAUUACCAAGAAUUGAACUCAA